AUGGGACGAUCUGCCGUCGUUUUCGUGCUAGCGGGAAAAAUUGCAGACAGUGAGUUAACCGAUAUCAUGGUAGAUAUGGAGUUAGGAGAACUGCUGAAAGACUGGAUACAUGAUUGGUCAGAUGAUGAAAAUUCAGAUCAUGGAGAUUGGGCAGAGAAUGGGAACGUAGGGGAUGAUGAUAUUGAGGAAAACAACUCCGAGGUCUCGAAUGAAGAUUACAUUAGUCAGCUAAUUUCAGGAUCUCAUAACGCGUACGACUAUUAUGGUGAAUCCGACGCGGAGACAGACCUUGAAGACGAAACAGUAGAUGCACAUGAUUCUGAAGAGUCGCAGUCGUCGGUCAACAUGAGUGAGGUGACAGAAGACGAGGGGAAAGAGAAUGUCCAAGCUAGUACGCACGUAGAUGAUCAGAGGGAUAUGCUCAUGAAGAUAAGAGAAAUGACUUUUGUGUCUGCAGAAGCGGCAUUCAACGUCUACAACAUCUAUGCUAAAGAUAAUGGUUUCAGCAUUAGAAAGGAUAAGGUCAGGUAUAGCAAAACAGAGUCACAUCAUAUGCGUUUGCGGCGGUAUGUUUGUUCUAGAGAAGGGAAACGUGACAGCAGAUUGCUAACCGAGAAAGGACGCAGCCGUAGGCUCAGACCCAAGUCAUGCUGCAACUGCGAAGCACAACUGACCGUGAAGCUUGACAAAAAGCGCGGGGUUUGGUGUGUUGGAAGUUUCGAGGACAAGCAUAGCCAUAUGUUAGGAAGACCGGACGAAUACUACGAGGACUUCGGCGACGUGGUUGUAUUUGACAACACGUACAAGAGGAAUCGCUAUGCAAACUUCUAUAUGUUGCAAGAUGAUCUUAGAAAGGUUGGCAGCAUGGAGAUUGUAGAAAGAAUGGUUGGUGACGAAGCACAACAGUUCAUCGUGUGCUGGAAGAAUAACCGGUAG